AUGACGGAUAGAAGGAAGACUCAGCCUUCUGAUCCUAGGAUGUCCUACGUUCAGAACAUUCUACACAGUGUUCAGGUAAAUCCACAUGAAUUUUAAGUCAUAUAGGGCUGGUUUCCCGGGACGCAGAUUAACAUUAUUGGAGACUAAUUUUUUUGGUGCAGGACGAGGCUGGGAAACGGUCCCAUAGAAUUUAAUUGUGUGCACCUGCUACUUCAGCUAACUUACUGUAUUGCCUAGCCUAUAAGGUGAAAAGUGUGUCUUUAUUUCCUAACAAAGUUAUGAUAACUAAUCAUGUAAGCAUACUGUGUCCAUAAUAAGUAUAUAGGUUAUAGGUUGAGAGCUUUUGUGAAAGAGCACAGUUAGAAAGAUAUGGCAUAUAGAAGCAAACCGGAUGGACAUCAGGAAAAUGAUCAGAGAGGUUGAGGGUAGAGGAAGUUCAGGAGUAAAAACAAACAAAAUAGAGUUAUUGUAAAAUUGACUGUGUCCAUAAAAUCUAUAUAGUAUGUAUAAGCUGGAAGUAGAGGCCUAAGCAUUGUUGUUCACUAGUUUACUCCAAUUAGGGAAGGGGUGGUGGGGUUAGAAAGUAAUCAAGGGAAAUAUUUGUUUUUAGUUAUGAUUGUUUUCAUUUGCCUGUUGUUAUGGUAAUAUGUGUUUUUUAUUUGUUUUCUGUCUGGUAUUCUAGCUGAGACGAGCACCAACACUGGAGGAGUUCUUUCAGGGUGAACCAGCACCAACACUGGAGGAGUUCUUUCAGGGUGAACCAGCACCAACACUGGAGGAGUUCUUUCAGGGUGAACCAGCACCAACACUGGAGGAGUUCUUUCAGGGUGAACCAAGACUAACGGCAGCCAAAACUACCAACCUCCACCACAGCAACAUCUGCCAGGUUCUAGCGUCGCAGAAUGAUGAUGUCACCGAAACCAAGGACAGCUUGCCGGGGUCGUCCUCCCCACCAACCCGAACCGUCAUGCAUGAUGGGAAAGCAGGCAUCCUCGUCCGAGGUCCUCCCAUGACGUCAACAGCCUACGGCGCCUUCACAACAAAUCACCUUCCAACUCUCCAUAACACCACCACUGUCCUUCCAACUCUCCAUAACGCCACCACUGUCCUUCCAACUCUCCAUAACACCACCACUGUCCUUCCAACUCUCCAUAACACCACCACUGUCCUUCCAACUCUCCAUAACACCACCACUGUCCUUCCAACUCUCCAUAACACCACCACUGUCCUUCCAACUCUCCAUAACACCACCACUGUCCUUCCAACUCUCCAUAACGCCACCACUGUCCUUCCAACUCUCCAUAACACCACCACUGUCCUUCCAACUCUCCAUAACACCACCACUGUCCUUCCAACUCUCCAUAACACCACCACUGUCCUUCCAACUCUCCAUAACACCACCACUGUGAGGGACACCUUCCUAGGUAAGCUGGUCUGUGACCCAACGACACCUUCUCUCUCUAGAGAGGCAACCACACACACCAACCGGCUUGCCCCGCAAACAGAGACCCGGACCAGGGAGAGACUCUUGUAUGACCAGGAUAGGACCACCAAUGUUGGGUGUGUUCUGGAGGAGGACCUGGGGUUAGGAAGACCAACCGUGGAUCCUCCAGCUGACAUAAGCCAACAGUCUUCGGGGUACGUGACGUAUGAAAACAUGGAGGCCACCUGUGUCUUGAGUCGGACCGAGGCUGGGGAGAGCAUUAUAUCAGGGCCUGAGGAGGGGACACCAGUUGGAACGGGGGGAUUUUUCCUACAGAACACCUCCGAUACAAACACAACCAAGGCAUGUAAUAUCAUCAGCCAUCCCCCCGUUGAUGCUGAAGAUCUGGAGGAGGGGUCGUCCCCGUGUGACGAUGACCUCAUAACUGGUCGCCCUGUAGAGGAAGCGAGUGUGACGUCGUCCUGGUGUAAUGACGUCAUACCAGACUAUUUAGAGGAAGCGUUGGUGACAUCGCCUCUACAGAGCAACAAUAUCACAUGUCCUGUAGAAGACCUCAUAGCAAGUCAUCCAGGAAAGAAGGAGUGUAGUACUACUAAUGUUGAUGUAAUUUCCCCCCAGCAUCAAGCCUCAUUAUCACUAUCAGACCGUCCUGAUCCCAAGAUUGUAGUGACAUGUCCUCAUACUGAGGCCUCGACACCGGACCUCUGCAAACCAGAUCAGAACCAGGCGUCAGACUUAGACCUGGACCCACAGGAGGGACCAUACCGGCUCAGCCUCCAGACUCUUCUAAAGAAAUCCCAGGCAGCUUUGGAACGCCCCAAACCAGGGAGGAACCAGCCAGAACCAAAGACCCAGACUGGAGAUGUAGACUUGGACCCGGAAUCGGAACCACUGGCAGGGCCGUACCGCCUCAGCCUCCAGACCCUGCUGAAGAAGUCCCAGGAGCACCGGAGACGCCAGCGUCAGCUGAAGAACCAGGCCAAGGCCUCUACUUGUCCUGGAAGGUAAGAGUUUUAUGUUAUGUUAUUCAUCUGUUUUAUUGACUUCUGUAAGUUCUUUUUUCAGGUAAGUGGGGCAGACACAUUAGAGGUUUUUAAAUCCCAUUUGAAAAUCCACCUUUUAGUCUGUCUUUUCAUCAGUGCUUUUCCUUUUAUUUUAGACCUCUUUUUUUGUAUUCAUCUCUUUUAUUGUCUUCUGUUUUUUUAUCUCCUUCAUUUGAAUGUUUUUACUGUAAAGUGUGUUGUGAUUUUAUAUGCAAUUUAAAUGAUAUUUAGUUGUAUUUUAUUUUAGGACCCAGGAGGCCUCGACACACCAGAAGAUGGAGGAGGAGAUCAGUUUCUCAGACAAGGAGAAUGAUGAGUUCCCCCAGUUAGGGAGAGUGGUGGCGGAGGGAUUGAAAACCCGGGACCGGGAUGGAGGAAGGAUCAUCUGGGAAUGGGAGUCCAGUUUUCCGGACCGCCACCACUGGAGAUAUUCCCUAAGGAAGCGUGGGUUCAACGUGAGGAGAAGGAGAGGUCUAGUAUUGUGGAAAGGGAAAUGGGACUCAACGAAAAAGUAUGUCACAAAGGAAUAAUGAAGGAAUUGGAGGCUGGAAAUGGCCCUACACAUUUGGUUGGUCUAGGAGGAGACACCCAAACCCAAUCUCCCCCAGGAGUGGACAUUGACGCUGGAUCGGCAGCCCAAGACAUCCAGCUACACCUCUCACCAGACGUCACAGCAGCACCGUCAACACUAAUGGACAACCUUCCACAUCCUAUCUCAGCCGAUGCCUCCAUAACCCAGGAAUCAUUCUACCUAGUCAGGGAGAAGAGCUCUACCCUGCCAAGGCCUUCCUCUCUGGGGGGAAAUAGGUUCCAGACCGUCCCUACCCCCCAGUUUAGUAUGAGCCCUAUCCGCUGUAAGAGUAAAGGAAACAGUGGAGGAGGAGGUGGCACCCCCAAGAGGCAGAUCCUGGUAAACACACCUUUGAAUGUAGACAACGAGGUGGGGUCGGGGACUGGGCUGGGAAAGAAUGAUGCUUGGGACCAAAGUCAUCUGCAUAGAGCGCCCCUAGUGGCUUGGGGUGGUAUAUCACAAGGCUUUAUUGCUCCUAUAGCUCCUGUAGUGGCCAGGGGUGGUACAACACCUAUGCGUAGGAGCUCAGACCAGGCGGAACAGAUAGCCCAGCUGGAGCUGAACCUGUCCAGCCUCAAAGCACUGAUCUCAGACCUGGAGUCCACGCUCACAGAGACGCCAGGGAACCACCAGACACACAACAGCAGCCAGACUGAUAAUAUAGACCAACAAUACCAAUACAGGGACUAUCAUACACCUGACAGCCAGGCCUUACAGACAACAGGGAACCAGACACACAACAACAGUCAGACUGAUAAUAGUAGUAACCUUACCAUGGACCCGCCGCACAAAUACAUAGACUACCAUACACCUGAGAGUCAGACAGAGAGUAACCUUACUGACAGUGACAAAGGAAGAGGGGGUGGCGGUGUGAGGUCAGCUGAUAAGAUGGUGGUGGUCCCCUGUAGAGUCCAGUGGUGUGACAGCGUACCUCCAUUGGUCAAGGAGGUGGAGAUCAGUGUUACAACGGGUUACAAAAGACAAGAUGGUCGCCAGCAGCAGCCUCUUGCAGCGCACCAAGUCACCUCCCUCACUCAGAAGAUGAGAGUUCCUGACGUGUUCCGGAAGGUUCCAUAUGAUGUCAUCAAGGUUCCGUCGGAAGUCAUCGAGGUUCUGAAGGACGUCAUCAAGAUUCCGGCAUCACACAAAACAACUUCCUCCGUCCUCUCAGACGCCAGCAACAACCAGCGCCAGCCAAUGGAGUGGAAGAGUGAUCCGGAGGACCACGCCGACUUCCUGUCCAUCAACCAAUCGUAUGACGUGGACACGCCCUCAGGGCUCUGGCUCCAGGGAGGGUCAGGGUCAGAGGGGUCGUUGAAAGGUCAUGACCCCGCGGGGAAGCAGCUGACCCCUGAGAAUGGAGAAGUUGGUCAGGGAGGGGCGUCAAGGGCCAAACGUAGACUGGUCAUGCACACAACAGAGGAGAACGGGGGAAGAGGAGGAGGACGAAGAGCGGUGAUGGUCAGGCCUCACUCCAGUACUCCUAAAGGUAGGCCAGCCAAUGUCCACAGUGGAUUUAGAUUAUAUGUGAGUAUGUUAGGAUAUCUUCCUGUCUGAGGUACAGAGUUAGAGAUACAGAAAUUCAGAUAGCAAUGGCUGUCAUCUCAAAUUUCAUAUUCAUUCAAUAUUUUCUCAAUCCAUUAUAUAACAUUCAGUGGCUCCAAACUCAAAUAAGAAGUUAAUGCUAUUUAUUCAUUAAUUAUAAAGGCAACAAGUGCAAGACAAACGUUUGUCAAUCCAUAACUCUAUAUAAUCCAAAUCAGACCCCUAGCUAGCCCUUCAUGUCUGACUGUUACCCCUCCCUCCUAGCUGCGGUGCGGUCGCACGGUCAGGAGAACCAGCAGGUGGGAUCCUGUUCCGGUCAGGAGAACCAGCAGGUGGGAUCCUGUUCCAGUCAGGAGAACCAGCAGGUGGGAUCCUGUUCCAGUCAGGAGAACCAGCAGGUGCGAUCCUGUUCCAGUCAGGAGAACCAGCAGGUGCGAUCCUGUUCCAGUCAGGAGAACCAGCAGGUGGGAUCCUGUUCCAGUCAGGAGAACCAGCAGGUGCGAUCCUGUUCCAGUCAGGAGAACCAGCAGGUGCGAUCCUGUUCCAGUCAGGAGAACCAGCAGGUGCGAUCCUGUUCCAGUCAGGAGAACCAGCAGGUGGGAUCCUGUUCCAGUCAGGAGAACCAGCAGGUCCAUCUGGAGCUGACCCAUGCAGCCCAGAUCAGAGCCCUGAAGGAGGAGCAGAGGAGACAGCAGCAACAACUACUGCAGGUGAGAGAGACCGCUGACCACCACCUCAAUAUGACCUCAAUGACCACAAUACAGCUACUAUAUUACUACUAUAGCUACAAUACUAACCACAAUACAACCUCUAACAGGUUUGGGGUCAAUCCCAUUUCAAAUCCAGUCAAUUCAGAAAGUAAACCAAAUUCCAAUUCCACAUCUCCUCAUUGAAAAGCUUUGAAGAGAAUUGGUCAUUGGAAUUUCAGUGUACUUCCUGAAUUGACCAGAAUUAAAAGGGAAUUGACCCCAACCCUGACCUCUAAACAAUAGAGGAAACAGCAGCAACAACUACUCCAGGUGAGUGAGACCGCUGGAACGCAAUAUGACCACUACACUAGCAACUCCAAUAACUGUGAAAUCUAACCAAGGUCACCUAUAAAACCCAUCUAGCUGGCACCUGUAUCCCUCCCUGCCUGCUUCACUCCCUCUCUCUCAAAUCCUCUCCCUCCCUCUCUCUUUCUCUCUCCCUCUUUCUUCUCUCUCCCUCCCUCUGUCUUUCUCUCUCCCUCUUCUUCUUUCUCUCUCCCUCUUUCUUCUCUCUCCCUCCCUCUGUCUCUCUCCCUCCCUCUCUCUUUCUCUCUCCCUCUUUCUUCUCUCUCCCUCCCUCUGUCUUUCUCUCUCUAUUUCUCUGAUUCUUAAAAAGCCCCAGCUUGUGCUGUUACAUCAACCUUAAUGUUCCUCAAAAGAGAGAUGGGGAUCUCAGCUGGCUCCUUGGCUAAAUUACAUCCUCACUCACUCACACACACACACACACACACACACACACACACACACACACACACACAGCUUGUGCAGACUGCAGACAUAUGCCCAUUAUAAGGGACCUUGAAACUCUCCUCCUCCAGUUUUAAGGACCAGGGAGUGAUUCUACUAUAAAUGUUUCAUUGGAGCUGUAAGAGGAAGGCUGGCUGAGUUUGGCUACCUCACUGUGUGUGUGUGUGUGUGUGUGGUGUGUGUGUGUGUGUGUGUCUUAAACCCAAGGACAACCAACACAUUAGCUGGCAUCCUUGUAUUUCCCCCUGUGUGUGUCCUUGCCCCAUUCAUUUAAGUGUCUCAUAGCUUCAACAACACCAUCAUUAACAAGCUGUUUAAUUAUGAGACCUUUGUCAGGUCUUCUUCUCUCCCCCUCCCUCCAUCAUUGAUGAUGUGUUGCCUGUAAAAGGAGGUUAGCUGGGCCGUGGAUAGAGAGAUGGAGGGAUGUAGGGUAGCUGGGAUGGAAGGAGGGAGGGAGGGAGAGGGGGAUGUGAUACAGAAAAGGAGAGGAACAUUAGUUUAAUUCAUGAGGGGUGCUGGUUAAGUGCCAGAUAGUCGCGCUGAGCGCCGCUGCUAAUGGUCCUCGCUCUCAUCCCUCUCUCUCACCUCCUCUCUCUCCUUCCCCCCUCCCCUCUCUGCUGUCUGUCAGAUGCUGGCCAUACGUUACCAGCUACUCCAGAGUUUGUCCUUCCCUGUGUCCUCCUGCCCCACAUCCAGCUCACGUCUAGAGGACAACACGACCUCCCUCCUCCCCCUCUCUUCCAUCCCUCUGUCCUCCAUCCCCCUCUCCAUCCCUCUGUUCUCCCCCUUUCCAGGAUCCCCCCUUCCAGAUAACCUCUCCUCCCUCCUUUCAGACCCAGACUCCCCCCCACAGGUACAUUUAAUUCCCACCUGAUUGACUUAGUUUCUAUAUUUGGAUCAUCAGUUUAUAGUCAACAAGUGAGGAGCACAACAGUUAGUUGUAGGAUUAUUCAGGUCAGGGUGUUGGGGGGGGUGGGGCUACAACUACAGUUGGCCAACAGUUGAAAGGACCUGGGUAGGAAAUUAAUUGGUUGUCAUUGACGGAAUUAGUAUUCCUCCCUCUCUCCCCUCUCCCCUCUCUCCCUCUCCCCAACACCCCUCUCUUCCCCUCAACAAAACUCCUCUCUCUCCCGAAAUCAUGCCCCACCACCCUCCUCUCUCUUCAACCCCCAAUAAGGACGAAGCUCCCCCCUCUCCCCCCCUCCUCCCCCCCCCCUCCUCUCUCUCUCCCCCGAGCCCCCUCCCCCCACUCGCCCCCUCCCGCCUCCCCCCAAAUCCUCUCUCCCUCUCCUGCCCCCCCCCGCCCUCUGCCCUCGCGACCCCCUCCUCUCUGCUCUCCCCCCCCCUCCCUCCCGGCCCCUCAUUACUCCUCCUCUCUCCUUGCUCUCUCCUUCUCCCACUCCCAUACCUCUCUCCCAUCUCACUCCCCCCAACCCCUCGCUCUCCUCUCUCCCCAACCCCCUCCUCUCUCCUUCUCUCCCACCCCCUCCCCCCCCCCCUCCUCUCUCCUCUCUCCCCAACCCCCUCCUCUCUCCUCUCCUCUCUCAACACCCCCCUCCUCUCUCCUCCUCCCCCCUCUCUCCUCAGUCUUCCAGGUGUCUGUCUGUGUGUUACCGCCCCCUGGUGGCAGCAGCAGUGAAGGGCUACCUAACCAGGAGGCUCCUACGCACAGAGAGAGUGGGACAGCUGCUACUUACCAUCAAGGUGACACACACAGUCAUGCACACACACACACACACACACACACAUUUACACACGCACACACACACACACACACAGCCCAUCAUGGGAUUUAUGGAAGAUGUGAUUUAGGGAUGUGUGUUUAAUGUAUGACUGUGUGUGUGUUGUCCCCUCCCUCAGGACACGCAGCAGUUCCUGCAGGCCUUCCAGCCCCAGAGCCCUGGGAGACAAGACCUGGUGCUGCUGGAGAGAGUCACACUGCAGGUUAACUAACACACACACACACACACACACUCUGUCUCUCUAUCUACCCCCACACCCCACACACCACACACACACACACACACACACACACUGGCACGCACAACAGUCUCUACACACACACAUACACAUUCUGUCUCUCUGUCUACACACAGACACACACACAGACAGACUAAUACUCGGGAGUGGUGUCUUGUUCCAGCUCCGCUCGGCGCGUUAUGAGGUCCAGGACAUCUUCUUCUGUGUGUCAGCUGGAGACAGGAUGCAGAUCAUCAGCUGGGACAGACAGCUGGCCAGGGAGAGGGAGAUGAAACGCAAGGUAACUACCUGGGUGUGUGUGUGUGUGUGUGUGUGUGAGAGAGAAAAAUGAAUGAGUGUUUGUGUAUCUAACUGCGUGUGUGUGUGUUUCUGUCCACAGACUGGGGAAACAGGGUCGACCAGGGGGAAGAGUUCUCUGUCUGCUGCUACACAGAAAGUCCUAGAGAGGAAGAGAGGAGUCUUGAUGUGAGUCCUGUCACAUAAAAUGUCACUAGACUAGAUAGUUAUUGUAUAGAAAACAGACAUUGUCAGAGCUGCUGAGCAAGACAGUGAGUGUAUGACUUGUAUGUUCUGAGUUCAGGGUUAAGGGGGCUAAGGUUAGAGUUGUGUUAAUAACAUGUUUGGUUAUAAAGAGCCAUACUUCUACCCAAGCUAGUACAGCACAGCUAGUGACUACUGAUACAAGUAAAAGAGACCUACCGUCUCUGUCUCACCAAUAAACCUAUUCCUCUUCUCCUCCCAUCAGGACGCAGAGGGGGACUGGAGCUGGGGUUGUAGCUGGCCAGAAGGGCCCUCUGGCUGGGGCAGAGGAGAACGUCGUGAAGCAGACA